CGGAACAGGGGUUACAACACACAAACAAUCAACUGCCCUGGUUCAAUUUGAAAGGGGGAAGACAUACACUUGCAAUUGGCUGGCGAACUUGACAUUCCAAAUCACAGCUUCGCAACGACGCCCCUGUCUACCUACCCGUCAACCCUCGGCCUUGACUCGGACAUCCAUGUGAGACCACAACGAUGGCGGAAACGAUCCUCAUAACAGGUGUUUCACCCGGCUUAACUUAGGGCUGGCAUUCCUACACCACUACGCCUCGCAGACACCGCCUCCAUCAAUCAUCGCCCUCGACACCGCUCAACUACCAUCCAACUUCUCCAAAUAUGAAAACAUAUCGUUCUCUCAGGUCGGCAUUGCCUCUGAUUCCAAGGUUAAGGUUCUGGUCAUUAAGCACGUUCACAACCCCCAUCAACCCCCUAGUCCAUCACGCCGGGAUCCGUGGCCUCAUCCCCUCAAUCGUGCGCUCUCAACGUGGCAACGUCGCAGCUGCCGAAACGCUUGGAGUAAUGGACCAUUCCACGUUCACCACAACCUUUGAAGUUAAUACCUGGGGCACAUUCAACGUCAUCACAUCAUUCUUACCUUCCCUCAAUCUCGCUACAAAUGCUAAGUUUGUGAUCCUAAGCUCGCGGGUGGGCAGCGUGGAAGCGAACACAGCGGGCGCUGGGUAUGCGUAUCGGGCUAGCAAGGCGGCGCUGAAUGCGGUAGUGAAGAGUUUCGUGAUCGACCUGCCGGAGGUGGCGUUUCUGUUGCUGCAUCCUGGGAAGGUGGAGACGGGGCUUGUGGAGUGGAAAUAGGAGGGGGCUAUUAGUUCUGAGGAGAGUAUGAAAGAUUGUCUGAAGGUCAUUGAGGGGUUCGAGAGGCAGAAUAGUGGGAGUCUACUCGAUCGGUUUGGAGUGACCGUUCCGUGGUGAUUUGCAAAUGAGAACAGCGAUAGUGAUAGCUACGGUGCACUAGAGGGGUAGACUAGAGAGCCAUAUAGAUCAGAAGAGUGGUCUGAAAGAACCAAAUCUGGAGUCAUCGUUCAUAUCGUGGGUACUACGUCUUCCU